CCCCACGCCCCCUCCCACCGCACACUUGUACCCGGGUCUGCUGUGACUAAUGUCGGAUCAAAUCGUUCCUCCGGGGCCGGGGCUUGUGACAGACAGGCAGCUCAGCACGGCGGGGCCGGGGGGCACAGCGGGGUCUCCGGUGCGUGAUGCCGGGUCCAGGCCACGUUACAAAAACAGGCCAAUAAAUUCUGCAGGACGCGUCGAUGCAUCAUUUACGGCCAGUCAGCGACGGCAGCCCGCGAGGGUCAUCUCAUAUCCUGCUCUGAUUAAUAAUUCAGUGCACAUGUGGGAAAAUAUGAGAUUACUCCAGCGUCUCUGAGGAACACGAGCUAGCUAACGUUAGCAUGGACGUCCAGGUGUGUCCGCAGGCGGAGAUCAAACCAUGGGGGACGGAACUGGACCAACCAUAAGUCGCCUCAAAGAAAAAUCCCAAGAUGCAGCUCUGAGUCACUGACGCAACACAUUGACAAGGACACCGUUCAUCUGAGCACUUUCUCGUGUCCACUCUGUGUGGAUAUUUGAUAUUUUUUCCAUAUAUCUCUGCAUAGACUUGACUGAGAAGAUUAGAAUCUGUCCAUUAUCAACAUUAGAUCUGCCUCAAAGGUAAAAGAGAAAAAACAAAACGGAUAUUGCAGUCUCUGCUUGACUGUAAAAUUAUCUAUGUGGAAUAUAACAUUGAGAAAAUAAAUCGUGGAACACAGCUAUAAUCAGAUGUUAUUAUCACUUUGAGGAUCUAUCCCCAGUUCUAACCUCUGCUGGUGCACCGUGUUAUUCUCUACGAUGAAUCCCAACAGCCUACCUGGGCAUGUCCUCCUGCUGCUAAGUACUGUGCUGGGCUUGAGUGUAGGCUUACAGUUUACUGGCUCUGAGGGUCAGUGGGCUCGCUACCUGCGCUGGGACGCCAGCUCCAGAAGUGACCUGACAUUUCAGUUCAAGACGUCAGAACCAGAAGGCCUGCUGCUCUACUUCGACGACGGCGGAUUUUGCGACUUCCUGCUCCUCGCUGUAUCUGAGGGUAAGAUGCAGCUUCGCGUCAGCAUCGACUGCGCCGAGACCACCAUCACCUCCGAUAGAAUGGUCAACGACAGCCGCUGGCACUUUGCAGCCAUCAACAGGCACAACUUGCGGACUGGCUUGGCGGUGGACGGCCAUACCAAGACGGAAGAGGUGCGGCCCCAGCGUCAGUUUAUGAAGAUAAUCAGCGACCUCUUCCUUGGAGGACUCCCGGGGGACAUCCGCGCGUCUGCCAUCACCCUGCCCUCUGUCCGUGAGCUACCACCAUUCAAAGGAAUUAUUACAGACCUCAGUUAUGGGAGUAAGCUGCCGACACUCAUCAAUAGUCAGAAAGUACGCUUGGAGAUGAUGGGCCUCUGCACGGAGAACCCCUGUGAGAAUGGCGGGAUGUGCUUGCUGGCAGAUGGAGAGCCCUACUGUGACUGCUCCAAAACUGGAUAUGUAGGUCGAUACUGCACUGAAGCAGUCCAGAGAAAACCAGGCCUCGCACACCUGAAGGCAGAGCAAGGUAGAAGCAAAGCGAGGGAGGAGAACGUGGCCACCUUCCGUGGCUCGGAGUACUUUUGCUACGACCUGUCGCAGAACCCCAUCCAGAGCAGCAGCGACGAGAUCACACUGUCCUUCAAAACCUGGCAACGCAACGGCCUCCUCCUACACACUGGGAAGUCCGCCGACUAUGUCAACCUGGCGCUCAAAGACGGGGCUGUGUCGCUCGUCAUCAAUCUGGGCUCCGGGGCCUUCGAGGCCAUUGUCGAGCCAGUCAAUGGAAAAUUCAAUGACAACGCCUGGCACGACAUCAAAGUGACACGCAACCUGAGACAGCAAUCAGGCAUUGGACACGCUAUGGUGACUAUCUCUGUGGAUGGAAUCCUCACCACCACUGGCUACACCCAGGAGGACUACACCAUGCUGGGCUCCGAUGAUUUCUUCUACGUGGGUGGGAGCCCCAGCACGGCGGACCUGCCUGGAUCUCCAGUUAGCAACAAUUUCAUGGGCUGCCUCAGAGAGGUGGUGUAUAAGAACAAUGAUAUCCGCUUGGAACUGUCCCGCCUCGCUCGCAUCGUGGACCCCAAGAUGAAGCUUCAAGGCGACAUCGUCUUCAAGUGCGAAAAUGUCCCCACCCUCGACCCCAUCAACUUCGAGACCCCGGACUCCUACCUGGCCUUGCCCAAGUGGAACACCAAACGCGUGGGCUCCAUCUCUUUUGACUUUCGCACAUCUGAGCCCAACGGGCUGAUACUCUUCACCCACGGUAAGGCUCAGGACCGACGGGACGCCAAGGGCCAGACGAACAACAAGGUGGACUUCUUCGCGGUGGAGCUGCUGGACGGAGGGCUGUACCUCCUGCUGGAUAUGGGCUCUGGGACCAUCAAGGUCAAGGCCACACAGGCUAAGGUCAAUGACGGCGUCUGGCAUCAUGUGGACAUCCAGAGAGAUGGUCGAUCAGGCAUCAUCUCAGUAAACAGCCGCCGGACCCCUUUCACAGCCAGUGGAGAAAACGAGAUCUUGGACCUGGAGGGGGACCUUUAUCUGGGUGGUCUCCCUGACAACCGGGCUGGCUUGGUGCUCCCCACCGAGCUCUGGACCGCCAUGCUCAACUACGGCUAUGUGGGCUGCGUGCGGGAUCUGUUCAUCGACGGACGCAGCAAGGACAUCAGGCAGAUUGCUCAGUCCCAGAAUAUGACCGGCAUCAAAUCCUCCUGUAACAAGGUGACGGGGAAACAGUGCGACAGCAACCCCUGCAAGAACAACGGGGCUUGUAAGGAAGGGUGGAACCGCUUCGUCUGUGACUGCACCGGGAGUGGCUUCUGGGAUAGUACCUGCGAGAGAGAGUCUUCGAUCCUGUCUUACGACGGCAGCAUGUACAUGAAGGUGGUGAUGCCGAAUGUCAUGCACACCGAGGCCGAGGACGUCUCCCUGCGUUUCAUGUCCCAGCGGGCUUUUGGCCUGCUCAUGGCCGCCACAUCCCGCGAGUCAGCUGACACGCUGAGGCUCGAGCUGGACAGCGGGAGGGUGAAACUGACUGUCAACCUAGACUGUGUCAGGAUAAACUGUAACACCAGCAAAGGCCCUGAGGUUCUUUUUGCUGGACAAAAGCUCAACGACAAUGAGUGGCACUCUGUACGAGUAGUCCGCCGCGGUAAAACCUUCAAACUCACUGUGGAUGACGACAUGGCUGAAGGCCAGAUGGCGGGCGACCACACCCGUCUGGAGUUCAACAACGUGGAGACGGGUAUUUUGACUGAGAGGCGCUUCGUUUCAUCUGCUCCCUCCUCCUUCAUUGGGCAUCUUCAGAGCCUGAAGUUUAACGGCAUGCAGUACAUCGACAUGUGCAAGAACGGGGACAUCGACUUCUGCGAGCUCAACGCCCGUUUUGGCAUGCGCUUCAUCAUCGCUGACCCCGUGACCUUCAAGACCAAGGGCAGUUACCUGGGCUUGGCUACGCUGCAGGCCUAUACCACAAUGCACCUCUUCUUUCAGUUCAAAACCACGUCACCUGACGGUUUCAUCGUCUUUAACAGCGGAGAUGGGAAUGACUUCAUCGCCGUGGAAUUGGUCAAAGGGUUUAUCCACUACGUGUUCGACCUGGGGAAUGGGCCGAGUCUAUUGAAGGGGAACAGUGACAACCCGCUGAACGACAACCAGUGGCACAACGUUGUCAUCACGCGCGAUGUCGCCAACACACACACUCUGAAGGUGGACUCAAAGUCAGUUACCCAGAAUGUCAACGGAGCCAAGAACCUCGACCUCAAAGGUGACCUGUUCAUCGGAGGUCUGGGACCCAACAUGUACCAGAACCUCCCGAAGCUGGUGGUUUCCCGUGAGGGCUUCCAGGGCUGCUUGGCCUCAGUCGACCUGAACGGCCGCCUGCCAGACCUCAUCAAUGACGCCCUUUUCCGCAGCGGGCAGAUUGAGCGUGGCUGUGAAGUUGGUUUCACCAAAGCCGACCUGCAAGGCCCAAGUACGACCUGCCAGGAGGACUCGUGCGCCAACAUGGGUGUGUGUAUCCAGCAGUGGGAGAACUUCACUUGUGACUGCUCCAUGACGUCUUACACCGGGACUCACUGCAAUGACCCUGGCACCACCUACAUCUUCGGUAAAGGAGGGGGUCUGAUCACGUACACGUGGCCCAACAAUGAGCGGCCGAGCACGCGGACAGACCGGCUGGCGGUGGGCUUCAGCACCACCAUCAAAGACGGGAUCCUCGUGCGCAUUGACAGUGCCCCGCGUCUGGGCGACUACAUCAUGCUCCACAUUGAGCAAGGCAAAGUAAGUGUAACUUUCAACAUCGGGACGUCGGACAUCAGUGUGAAGGAGACAACCACGGCGGUAAAUGAUGGCAAAUAUCACUUGGUGCGAUUCACCAGGAAUGGGGGCAAUGCCACCUUGCAGGUGGAUAACUGGCCCAUCAAUGAGCACUUUCCCUCAGGCAACAGCGACAUUGAGCGCUAUCAAAUGGCAAAUAAGAAAAUCCCGUUCAAAUAUACCCGGCCAGUAGAAGAUUGGCUUCAGGAGAAAGGCCGGCAGCUGACGAUCUUCAACACCCAGGCCACUAUCUCUAUCGGCGGAAACGACCGCAAGCGGCCCUACCAGGGUCAGCUCUCUGGCCUGUACUACAAUGGCCUCAAAGUGCUCAACAUGGCCGCAGAGGGCCACGUCAACAUCAAGGUGAACGGCAGCGUGCGGCUGGUCGGCGACGUGCCGACCAGCCGGGGCGCGGCUCGCACAACCACCUCAGUGCCGCCGGAGAUGUCCACCACCUUCAUUGAGACCACCACCACCCUGUCCACCACGACCACCAGGAAACAGCGCUCACCACCCACCAUUCAGACGACAGAUGACAUUGUUUCGUCAGCGGAGUGCUCCAGCGAUGACGAGGACCUGGAGGAGUGUGACUCCGGACAUGCAGGAGGGGAGCUAGUCAUCCCCGUGCUAGUCGAGGACCCCAUAGACAUCCCUUCUGUAUCCACCCGUUCUCCCUUCAUCCCCCUCCCCCCAACCCUCCGCCCCGUCCUCACCAUUAUUGAGACCACCAAAGAAUCCUUGGCCAUGGCCACUGAGGCGGGGGUACCUUGCUUGUCGGACCGAGGCAGCGAUGAUUGUGAUGAUGGUGAUGGUGAUGAUGAUGAUGAUGAUGAUGAUGAUGGAAUGGUGAUUUCGGGGUUUGGCUCUGGCGAAGCUUUCGACUCUAGCCUGCCCCCGACUGACGAUGAAGAUUUUUACACCACCUUCUCCCUGGUAACAGAUAAGAUCUUGACCACAUCGGCCUAUGAAGGUGGCUACAAAGCCCUCGCGCCCAAGUGGGAGGCCAAGGACUUGAGGCCUAGCAAAGCCUCUGAGGCAGGUAGGACUAUACCCACCUCGCCUCUACCCGACCUCCGGGGCACACCACCGGCGGCAGUCCCCUCGGACACGCCACCCAAGCUGCCCGCUGGGAAAAUGAACAACCGCGAGGUAAAACCCCCACAGCCGGACAUAGUCCUGCUGCCCCUGCCCACCUCCUUUGAUGGGGAUGGCACCAAGCCACGGGGUCCCUUCAUCACCUCGCCCAUGCUGCGCACAGUGCCCGCAGCCUUGCCCACAGUGCCCGGCGUGGUGCGGCGGGUGCCCCCGGGGGCCUCUGAGGUGAUCCGAGAAUCCAGCAGUACCACGGGCAUGGUGGUGGGCAUUGUCUCAGCCGCUGCCCUCUGCAUCCUCAUCCUCCUCUACGCCAUGUACAAGUACAGGAACAGGGACGAGGGUUCCUACCAGGUGGACGAGACGCGCAACUACAUCAGCAACUCGGCACAAACCAAUGGCGCUGUGGUGAAGGAUAAAGCACCCAGCGGCAGUGCCAAAGGCAGCGCCAGUAGCAAGAGACCGAAAGACAAGGACAAGGAAUAUUAUGUAUAGAAAUCAAAUCAUUUCCCAACACAUAAAAGUACAAACUGUUUGGAACAAAGUUAUAAACAUUUUGACAGUACCAUAUUGGCAACUGUGAUUUAAAAAGGAUCAAAUCUCCUGAGAACUCAAGACUUGCUGAGUCACUGAGACAUUUACUAAAGAACUUUGGCUUCUGGAAGCACACUUACUAUUGUAAGCAUUAUGGAGAGACAAUGCAGUACAACUUCACUGGGAUUCAACACAAACCUU